GACAUUUGACGUUCAUCUUAUAUGUUGAUGUUUGUCUUAUUUUGGUAUUUGUUUCUUAUCAGUUCUCAUAUUUAUCUAUCAGAUGCUGUAAAUUAUAGUUACUAGCGUGAUUUUAAUAUUUUAAAUAACGCAUAGUGUAAAUAAGUGGUUUAUACAAACUUUGAGUACAUUGUUAUCUUGAUUAAUAGGAUGUCUCAACUGGGCCCUGAACACCCAAGAAAUCUGAUUCCGGAGUUAUGCUCCCAAUUCUACCACUUAGGAUGGGUUACAGGAACUGGCGGUGGAAUAUCCAUUAAAGAUGGGGAAAAGAUCUACAUUGCACCAUCAGGUGUACAGAAAGAAAGAAUGAAGCCUGAUGAUCUUUUCGUGCAGACCAUCACUGAUGAAGAUUUAGAACUGCCAUCUCCAGAAAAGAAAUUAAAGAAAAGUCAAUGUACACCAUUAUUCAUGCUAGCCUACCGCAACCGUGGUGCAGGGGCUGUUAUCCACACACAUUCACCUCAUGCAGUCAGAUGCACACUCUUAUAUGACAAGGAAUUUGUUAUUACACACCAGGAAAUGAUUAAGGGUAUAAAAGAUGCUAAAUUGGGACGUUAUCUACGCUUUGAUGAGAAACUAGUAGUUCCUAUAAUAGAAAAUACUCCAUUUGAAAAAGAUCUUGCAGGCAGUUUAGGAGAGGCCCUAGAAAAGUAUCCUGGAACUAGUGCAGUUCUUGUUAGAAGGCAUGGAGUGUAUGUGUGGGGUGAUACAUGGCAACAAGCAAAGACUAUGACUGAAUGCUAUGACUAUUUAUUUGAAAUGGCUGUAGAAAUGAGGAAAUUGGGAUUAGAUCCAGCUUUCAAUCCUGAAACUGGAAACACAGAAAAUGGAUCAGGUUAAGAAAUUUAUUAUACAAAAAUGUUAAAAUACAUAUAGGAACAUAGUUUACAUUGUUAAAAUAUUUUGUUGUAGUUGUUUUUUAAUAAAUAUAUUUUCCUAUU